AUGAUAAAGGUGAGAAAAACAACCAACAAUGCUAGGAAGUGCUCCUGGACACGCAAGUCUCAUCAUUUGAAGACUCCCCAGCGGCCUCGGCCCGUCAGAACCGUCAUGACCCGCAGCCAGUGCACCUCCGCCGCGGGCUUCUUCAACGGCCUCCCUGCUGAGGUGUUCCACAUGAUCCUGGAUCAAAUGUCCGUGGUGGACAUCAGCGUGUUCAGCAUGGUUUCAAAGGAACUCACCAGUUGUGUUGUGAGCUACAUCUCCUCCCAGGCCUGGAGGAAUAAAACCAUCAUCCAGAGCUUUCACAACCCCACAUUGUUAGAACAAAGAUCCACGCUGGAGCACUACAGACACCUGGGAUUGUUGUUCAAGAGGUGUACCCUUCUCCUACCCACAAAAGACAGGUUAAAGUUCAUAUUUAGCAAGUUUUCACAGAUACCCUGCUUCAUGUUGGAGCAGUGCUUUACACCAGACUGCACUGGUUUCUCCCGAUAUGGCGUCUUGCUCCAGACCCUGAUUGCAGGAUGGGAUGAGCUGGAGUGCCACAGAGUGUUCUGCUUUCUUUGUGAACAAACAAACCUCCUGCUUAAGACUGAAGCUUUACUCACCACAAAACCAGGGCUGAAGCGCUACCAGGAGCUGCAGCUCCGUCUGUUUUGCCGUAAAGUUCUGCUGGACCCAUGCCAGAACCAGCCAGAUGGACAGUUCUGGUUGGUUCAGCUGCUGAAGCCGUGGCCGCUGGUCAGCCAAGCCCACCUACUGUUCAUCCUGUUUGGACCUUUACUGCAUGAGGGUGUUCUGGGCUGGGAGGAUCUGGUGGACCGGGGUCUGCCGCACAGCGCGCUGUGGGAUCUGGCCAAGUGCAUCCUGAUGCUGUCGGGCACACUGCAAGUCAAAGGCUGGAGCACCGACUCAGUGCUGUCAAUCCUGGAGGAGCUCAUUGUCAUCCCCCAGCCGUGGUACUUGGAGAACGUGGCCCGCCUGCUGGUUCUGUGCGGCAGCAGCCUCUGCUACACCUUCCUGGCCAGCAAGGCCCUCAAUGGACGACUGGACGAGAUCUCCAGGGUCAUCAUUCAUAUCAUCCUGGUGUGCGAGAAGGACGGCUACCACAUGAGCUGGGCGGUGAAGCUGGUUCAGCAGAUCUGCAAGGUGUUCAGCACGGCGCCAGAGAGGUUCACCUUCAUCCAGCACCUGGAGAACAUGUUCUCUGAAGUCACGAGAGAGUUCUACGAGUCCUCUGUGGCAGGGAACAACUUUGAAGACAGAGAGACUUUCCAGACCUUUUGCAUCCUCCUGGACUCCAGCGCUCGCUUUCACACUAAACUGCUCCACAUGUUCCUUAAAUAAGAAGGAUUUAUAGAAGGCAAAAUAUGGAAACAAAUGUCAAUAAUGAAGGGGGUCGUCUAAUUAAAAGAACUGCACAAACAAAACCGAACCACUUCAUGCUGUUUAAAUGCUUUUGUUAAACAGUUUUGUUAUUUAUUCAGCUAUUAGUGUGUUGA